AUGGACCAGCAGCAGCCGCAACAGACGCCGGCGGCGCCCCAGCAACAAGGCCAGCAGCAGCAGCCGCAGCCGCAGCAGCAACCCGUCCAUGGGACCACUGGACGCAGGCUGCACAUUGCUCACCGACGCAGCCCUUCGGAGCUGACGCCUUUGAUGAGCAUGUUUGCCAACCCGGGAAUGGAACAAUUAGCUAUCCAGCAGCAGAUUGAACUGUUGCAGCAGCAGCAGCAGCAGAUUCAGGCCACGCACCAGCAAUACGUCAACAUGGGCAUGAUGCCCCCGGGGCAGCCCAUGGCCCACAACGGGCCCUUCAGUCCUUUGCAGCCCAUGGGCAACAUUGGUCAGAACUUCCAGUUUCCCGCCCAGAUACCGCAACAAAACGUGUCCAUGGGCCCCCCAACCCAGCCUCUAUCACAUCGCCGUAAUCAGUCGGCACUGCCCAGCAUGGGCAUGGGACCGCCCCCGGCUCCCUCGUCGGGCGCUUCCGGCUCCACCUUUGGCAACUUUGAGAUCCCCGUCUACGGCCGGGAGAAUGCAGGCGGCCGAGGCGGCCGUGGAGGUGGUGCCGGUGCCGGUCACCAGCGAAGGCAUUCUCUGGCUCUUGCCGAUGCGAAGAAGGCGGCCGAGAUUGCCCAGCAGAAGCGGACGACGACUGGCUUCCAGUUUCCCGGCCCGGCCGCAUCGUCCGAUAAAGCCGAUGAGGACAGUACCAAGGCGUCCGCCGCUCAGCCAAGCUCCGAUGCCCCCGUCGCGCAGGGGACCACCCGUGGCCGCGGAAUUCAUGGUCGUAGCCAGAGCAUGGCCGUGAAUGGCCGAGGUGGCUUACGCAUGAGCAUGGACGGCAGCAGCGACUUCCAACGUCGCGCUAGCGGCGUCGCCCAUUCCCGUACCGGCUCCCGAAGCUUCGAGGGCAACUGGCGAGCCCCGAAUCAGAAUCAGGAUCAGAUCGGCUCUGCUCAGACUCAGCCCUUCCAGCCCGGACACCGAUCCCGCGGCUCCAUCAACCAGUCCAUGUCGUCGAUCGGGGCCUUUCAGUACAGUCCCAAUCAGUCCACGCUCAUGCAGCUUCCUGGACAGAUGAUGAUGCCCCAGAUGUAUGGCCAGCAGAUGAAUCCCAUGCAGCUUGGCCAGCUUCAGGCUCUCCAGGCGGCUCAGAUGAACGGCCAACCAUUCCAGGGUCUCCAGAGCUCCCAGCACGCCGGCGGCCAGCUCAGCAACCAGCAGCAGCAGCAGCAGCGCAAGACCCUCUUCACCCCGUAUCUUCCGCAGGCGUCUCUCCCCGCUCUCCUUGCGGACGGGCAGCUUGUCUCCGGCAUCCUCCGUGUCAACAAGAAGAACCGCAGCGAUGCGUACGUCACCACGCAGGACGGCCUUUUGGAUGCAGACAUCUUUAUCUGCGGCAGCAAGGAUCGCAACCGAGCACUUGAGGGAGACCUCGUCGCCAUAGAGCUCCUCAACGUGGAUGAAGUUUGGGCUCAGAAGCGAGAGAAGGAAGAGAAGAAGAAGCGUAAGGAUAUCACGGACACCCGAUCGAACUCGACGAGUCAGGGGGCCCAUGCUUCUGGUCAAAACGACGACAGCACCAUUCCGGAAGGCGGCAUUCGCCGUCGCGGAAGUCUUCGCCAGCGCCCUACGCAGAAGAAGAAUGACGAUGUCGAGGUCGAGGGCCAGAGCCUUCUCCUGGUGGAGGAGGAGGAGAUCAACGACGAGGCGAAGCCGCUGUACGCCGGACAUGUCGUCGCAGUCAUCGAGCGCGUUGCCGGGCAAAUGUUUUCCGGUACCCUCGGCCUGCUGCGUCCCAGCAGCCAGGCGACCAAGGAAAAGCAGGAGGCCGAGAGGGCUGCCCGGGAUGGUGGAAACAACCGCCAGAACGACAGUCGCCAGCACGAUAAGCCCAAGAUUGUUUGGUUCAAGCCAACCGACAAGCGAGUUCCGCUCAUCGCCAUCCCGACGGAGCAGGCGCCUCGUGACUUCGUCGAGAAGCACCAGGACUACGCCGAUCGCAUCUUUGUCGCCUGCAUCAAGCGAUGGCCCAUCACCUCGCUUCACCCCUUCGGCACUCUCGUUGAGCAGCUUGGACGCAUGGGCGACCUCAAGGUCGAGACGGACGCUCUGCUGCGAGACAACAACUUUUCGUCGGACGAGUUCUCCGAGGCCGUCCUUCGCAGCGUCGGUCUCCAGGACUGGUCGCUGGACAAGGAGGACGAGGCUGCCAUUGCCGCUCGCCGAGACUUCCGCGAGGAGAAGUGCUUUACGAUCGACUUCAACGGCGGCGCCGAGCUUGGGAAUGCCGUUCACAUCAAGACUCGUUCGGAUGGGAAGAUCGAGAUUGGCAUCCACGUCCCAGACGUCGCGCAUUUCGUCAAGCCCAAUUCCCUCGUUGAUCGUGAGGCCAAGAAGCGCGGCACUUCGGUCCAGCUUCUCAACCGAUUCUCCGCCCUUCUGCCCCAGAAGCUGGCGGGCGAAAUCUGCGCCCUGACGCCCGACCAGGAGCGAUUGACCGUCAGCGUCGUGUUCAACGUCAACCCGCACAGCGGAGCCGUUGCCGAGGGCGACAGCUGGGUGGGCCGCAGCAUCGUCAAGAGCGCUGGCAAGCUUUCCCUGGCCGACAUCGACAGUGCCCUGGGCGACCCGUCCUCGUUCUCCAACGGAGCCGUUCCGGUCAAGACGAUUCAAAUCCUCCAGGGCGUUGCCCAGAAGUUCCGCGAGGCCCGUCUCGGCGCCGGCGGUGAGCCGAUCGCGCCCCUGCGGCUCCUGCAGCAGCUGGACGACGAGAACAAUCCGGUGCAGGACAACAUCUUCCACUCGACGCCCGCACUGGAGCUCGUGGAGGAAAUCUCUCAAAAGGCAAACGCCUACGUCGCGCAGCGUCUUGCCGAGGGCCUUCCCGAGAAGGCUCUCCUCCGCCGCCAGGGUCCUCCCAACCCACGCCGCCUGCAGUCGUUCGCCGAGCGCAUGACGGCCCUCGGCUACGACAUGGACGUCUCCGGCAGCGGGGCUCUGCAGAACAGCCUGUUCAAGGUGGACGACUCUGACCUGCGCAAGGGCAUGGAGACGGUCGUGGUCAAGUCGAUGCAGCGAGCCAAGUACUUCAUCGCCAGCAAGACUGCGAAGCCGUUGUGGCCGCACUACUCGCUCAACCUGCCGGUCUACACGCACUUCACUUCGCCUACGCGCCGCUACGCCGACAUGAUCGUGCACCGCCAGCUCGAGGUCGUCCUGUCGGAGGGUACCAUCGAGUUCACGGAAGACAUGGAAAACCUUGUCAAGACGGUUGAGUCGUGCAACACCAAGAAGGACUCGGCGCACAACGCGCAGGAUCAGAGCAUCCACAUCGAGUCCUGCCGCAGCUUGGACAAGAAGCGGCAGGAAGCCAACGACGACCUCAUCGUGGAGGGCAUCGUGCUGUGCGUGUACGAGUCGGCCUUUGACGUGUUGAUCCCCGAGUUCGGCUUCGAGAAGCGGGUGCACUGUGACCAGCUGCCGCUCAAGAAGGCCGAGUUCAGGAAGGAGAAGAGAGUGCUCGAGUUGUACUGGGAGAAGGGGGUGCCGAGCUCGGCGUACGUGCCGGAAGAUGAGCGCCCCAAGGCGGCGACGUCGCAGAGAAUGAACAACGCCAUGGCGGCCGCCCGGCACGCGCAGGAGGCCGAGAAGGCCAAGACGGAGCGCGAGGAGGCGACGCGCAAGCAGACGGAGACGGGCACCAUGUCGACGGACGACGUCGACGCCCUGUUCGACGACGACGAGGACAACACGUCGGACGUGACGGAGGCCAUGGCCGGGGCCUCGCUGGCCGAGCGGCCGACGCAGAGCGUUCCGGGAUCGCCUUUGCGCGCGCCGAUGAUGCAGCGAACCAACUCGGACUCGAAGGUGCCCGUUUCGGACACGGCCGAGGCGCGGAUGACCAACAAGGAGAAGUACCUCAGAAUGUUCAAGUUGCGUGAGGAAGGCGGAGACUACGUCCAGGAUGUGACGGAGAUGACUCGCGUGCCAAUCAUCCUGAAGACGGACCUCAGCAAGAGCCCACCUUGCCUGACGAUUCGAUCUCUCAACCCCUACGCACUGUAG